AAAAAAAAAAAAAAAAAAAAAAAAAAAAAAAAAAAAAAAAAAAAAAAAAAAAAAAAAAAAAAAAAAAAAAAAAAAAAAAAAAAAAAAAAAAAAAAAAAAAAAAAAAAAAAAAAAAAAAAAAAAAAAAAAAAAAAAAAAAAAAAAAAAAAAAAAAAAAAAAAAAAAAAAAAAAAAAAAAAAAAAAAAAAAAAAAAAAAAAAAAAAAAAAAA